CUAGUAAGUAGUUCGUUGAGAUACUGGAUUCGUGGACCACGCUUGAAUUUUCGAUCUUUUUUAUGUCGUUCUUCGCAUGCGAUCGACCUAUAUUGGUAUUUAUGGAAGACAAACACAAAGACUAAGAGGGAAUGCGUGCAGGUAUCUCGAAGUUUACUUUUCGCUGUAGUUCCCCAGAACGAUCAUGACGAGGCACACUCGAUCUGAACUCAUGAAAUGAUAAUGAAUUGCGUAUGAGUCUUGAUGGUCUUCUCUCAUCGACAGAACAAUACGACGAGUUGAAGUCCUCGUCACGACGUGACAAGGUCCAACCUUCGCCCAAGAUGGAAUUCUUUCGUAAAAAUACCCUGACCGAGGCUUGUGGGAAAUGUUUCAUCUGCCAGGAAGCAAUCGCGACUGCUCCGGCCGAGACAACCUGCUGUAACAAGUGGGCUUGUGUGUCCUGCCUCGAAGAGUUGUACGAGGAAGAUCCCUGCCCCUGCUGUAGGGCUGAGGACGUUGAGUGGACUACCGUAAAACUCAUGGACAAGUUGCUGGACGAGGAGGAGGUUUUUUGCUCGCUCUGCAGCACGAGGAGCACGACUACCAUCAGCAUGACUCGUCACGACUACAAGUGCGACCAUAUCCAUAAGGAAUUUUGGUUGUGCGAAGAUCCGUGUCCACUUCUCAUUCGCCCGUGCAUCCACGAGGAUUGCACCUUCCACGGCAAGCUUGAGAAUCUGAAGAAGCAUCUUGCGCAUGACUGUGAAAAGGUAUACGUGCUUUCCUAAUUUACGCUAUCUUCACCCCUUCUGAUCAUCCGCUGGGUAUUGAUUUUAUCUGAACCAGCAGAAGCGGAAGGUGACGACACUCACAGAGAACUACGAAACUGUUUGUUGUUUUGCGUGACCAGCUAGAUUUUUUUUUUUCACGGAGGACUGCAGUUCCGUAUCCGUUCUACGUCCUGGCACUAAAAAAACAACUACUUCUGCAGGGUUAUCGCAAGUUGGACGAGGAGGCAAUAAGAGCGUGUGGUGGGAAAAAGGGUCUCAAGAAGUCACAACAAAUGAUCGAGGACCUGUUAAAGAAGUUCCCACCAAUGUCUCCGGAAGACCUGCGCCGCACACUUGCGGAUAAGAAGCUGAAUCUCACGGCGAGGUGGGCGAUUGCGCUUGCCGGGAGCGAAGAGGACGAGAUUGACCUGAUGGUCGAGCGUGACCUGGUGAGUCCGAGAAGUGGGUGUGCAAAGAGCGUCACUCAUAUUACGGAAUAUCUAUUCAAAGGUACCUGUUAUCAUUAUCUCGUGUCGCUGUUGGCAGAAGUCUUGGUAUUGGUUUUGGUGUUCGAGCACGAGUUUUUUUUGUGGUAAGGCUGAGCUUGUCGCGCUCGUGCGUGACGAGCACUCCAAGUGUCUCACAGUACGAACAAAAUUUUAACUCGUGUUUCUUUGUGUUGAUGCCAGCCAGCGUCUAGUAGCUGCAACAGGAGGAUGGUACUGGUAGAUGUAACACAAGAAGCUCUGUCCUAACGCCAAAAAAAAACGAAACAUCUCUUCUCAGGUAUUAAAAACACUGUGGUUGACAAAUCGAAGCUCACCGGAGAACCGACUCGGGGAACGCUAGGCCCAGGCGACUCCAUGUACGAGUUGCUCCAGGCGUAUUGGGCCACACUGAGUCACCGGGUAGUGGACCGUUGGAACCUCGAGGACUGGAAGGACCGGGACUUGCCAGAACACUGCAAAGUACAACCAGCACGCGACGACGGGAUGGCGUUGUGGAGUGCUGCUUUCGAAGCGCCAACGGCCGCCGUGCCGACGCCUAUGAGCGCGAGGGAACGCAGUCCGCGGCGAUAGAUCGUUCGUGGCGAUUUUUCGAGGACAACGACAAAACGUGCCUGUUCCGUGUAAAUGAGACGGAGCGUCUGAAAAGUGAAUCUGUAUGAUAAAGACAAAAACAAAUAGGGAAAGGAAAACUACUUACUUCUGAGACUGAGUCUGGUUUAGGUUUGGAUACAGCAAAGACGCGACGGUCACUCUUUGUAGCUCAACGAGCUACGACGAGACAGAAACAAGAGCUAAAUUUUCUUUGUACGAUUUUUGAACUUUACUUCUUGUUCUUAUCUUGAAAAUAAUUGAUCGCCGUCUUCUUGAUGUCGUGCGAUUCGCCUACAGGUGCACAAGUAUUCAAAUAAAGGAAAUAUUUUGCCGCUGGUAAUGCUAAUGUAGAUUUUCAGAACUGAGAACUAGUCGUUGGGUGUGACAAGUCCUUGAUCUUUACGAUUGAACUAAGAGUGAGACCAGCACAAAGAAAAAAGCCUCGCAGUUGUAUCAU